AUGUCAUCCUGCCUCAAUAAAACCCUCACGAUCAUCAACUACAUAGCGAGUGGUAUUCUCAUCCUCGUCGCCCUUGCCAUGGCUAUACUAUUCAUUUUUAUGCUGGCCACCAGUAUUGGCGCCGCUUCUGUACCCUUCAACGUACUCAGCCUCGUAUUGUGCAUACUAAUAAUUGCUGUUGGUGUGCUCGGUAUUUGGGCGACAAAAAAGCAAGUUAGAAUCGCCUUGGGUAUAUUCUCCUGCGUGGCCGGUGUCAUAUUCGUCAUUUUCUUCAUUUCUGCGGCAGUGACCUCAGCAGCGAUCGGUGAUUCCAUAAACUACCUCGCUAGCUUCGAUAGCUCCGGUCUCAAUAAUCUGCCCGAAGGAACUCCCAUCGCCGCUCUCUAUAGUGUCCUCAUGGCUGCUUAUCAAAGUUUGUAUCUCGUCAACAGCUGUCAGGGACCCGUUUGCAAGUUCUCGGACUUCGGCCUGACAUGCUCGUCUAUCACAUGUGCGUCCAAUAGGAUUUCAGAUGAUCUCACCGCCUACCUCAGUGAAGGUGCCCAAAACGGUGGAGUUACUCAGCUUUCCUUGAACGCAUGUCUCGAAAACAUUGGCAGCAGCGGCGACUCUCAAGGAGCUGAUGUUGACACGGCUUGGUGUAUCAGUAAUACAGCUUUCAUCGCUGUUGUCGACGACUGGGCUAUCGGUGUCCUCAUUGGAGUCUGGAUCAUCACCGUUCUCGUCCUACUUCUAUCUGUCUCCAACGGUGCCUUAGCUUGUACUAUUAGGAAGAAGCAAGUGAAGGGUGGCGUCAUUCUCGCAACUCCGGCAGAGGUUCCUCAAACGUCUCAUAGUUCUGGUGAAGAGGCCGAGAAACAAGUAGUCAACAGUGUUUAA